GCCGGCGCUGCCCCCGCGCGUUGUGUAAGCGGAGGGGCCGCGGAGCCGAGCGGAGCGGAGCGGGCUCGGAGCGAGCGCGGUGCGCGGUUAAUGUUCAACGCGGCCGUCGCCUGCCCGCAGCGAGCGCUCCAGCCGCGCUUCCAGAGCCCGGCUGCCUGGAGCAGGAAAUGCCAGCGCAGGUAGUGGUGGGGCUGCUCGAGAUGUGUUCGGUUUAGCAGCGUUUUGGAGGCAGAGUUGUUUGCUGCGUGUUGUCGUGCAGACGGAGUUUCGGAGGCAUGUGGGUAGAUGUAUGCAAAUGCAUGCAAAUCACCUGCUUAGCAUCUGGUCUAAGUUUACCUGUAUCCCUUACUUUGAUUUUCAAUGCAAAUAUUUUAAAAUCAGCUUUCCGGAGGAACCAUGGCUUGUUCUCUCAACGUGGAUUUUUCUCUUCCCAGAAUAAGUGUUCACAGGAAAGAGAAUGAAUAAACAUGGAAUCUUCUAAACUGGAAUAUAUUUCUUGGGUUACAGUUAGAAGUAAAAAGAAGCUGGAACAAAAUGAGAGAACAGGAGUAUAACACCUGACAAGAACUUUGCAGUUCUGUGAUAUAGAUACAUACGUAUAAACUUUCAGUAUAGUACAGCUAAUGAUUUAUAGUAAUACUUCAUUGAUAUCCCUGGAAGAAGUCAGUUACUGUGCAACUUGCUUAAUAAGAACUUUUAUUCUAAUUAUUUUUAACAUGUUUUAACCUUAACUGGACACUUUUAUUUAUUUAUUUUUUAAAGACUGAGGGUUACAAACUUUGUUCAGCUGUAUUUUUACUGGGAGACUGAUCCUAAGGGAUGGCUCACAGCUGCUCAUGGAAAAUGGACUUAAGCCCAUGGAUGGUUACUACUGCACAGAGUUGAAUGGAAUGCCAUGACUUUAGUAAUAUUCUUGUAGAACCACCUUCUUUGCCUUGCACCCAUCAUAUCCUUAAAUAUUUAAGUGUGAACAUUGUGAUUAUAAACUCUAAAAAAAAUGGCAUGGGUGAAAUUCCUAAGAAAACCUGGGGGUAAUCUUGGAAAAGUUUAUCAGCCUGGAAGCAUUCUGUCCUUGGCCCCUACAAAAGGCUUAUUAAAUGAACCUGGACAAAACAGCUGCUUUCUUAAUAGUGCUGUUCAGGUGUUAUGGCAACUUGACAUAUUUCGACGAAGUUUAAGAGGUUUAACUGGACAUGUGUGUCAAGGAGAUGCCUGCAUAUUUUGUGCUUUAAAGGCAAUCUUCUCACAAUUCCAACACAGCCGAGAAAAAGCGCUCCCAUCGGAUAACAUGAGACACGCCCUGGCAGAAAGCUUCAAGGAUGAGCAGCGCUUCCAGCUGGGGUUCAUGGAUGAUGCAGCAGAAUGCUUUGAAAAUAUCCUUGAGAGGAUUCAUUUCCACUUAGUGCCAAACAGUGAAACAGAUAUGUGCACUUCGAAAUCGUGUAUUUCUCACCAGAAGUUUGCUAUGACACUGUAUGAGCAGUGCGUGUGUCGCAGUUGUGGAGCAUCAUCAGAUCCGUUGCCUUUUACGGAAUUUGUGCGUUACAUUUCCACCACAGCCCUGUGUAAUGAAGUUGAAAAAAUGAUGGAGAGGCAUGAACGUCUCAAGCCAGAAAUGUUUGCGGAAUUGCUGCAGGCAGCAAACACUGCUGAUGACUACAGAAAGUGUCCUAGUAAUUGUGGUCAAAAAAUAAAAAUCCGUCGUGUUCUUAUGAAUUGUCCUGAGAUUGUCACCAUUGGUUUAGUCUGGGAUUCAGAACACUCUGAUCUGACAGAAGAGGUUAUGCGGAAUCUGGCAACACAACUUUAUCUUCCAGGGCUGUUUUAUAGGGUUACAGAUGAAAAUGCCAAAAACAGUGAGCUUUUUCUCGUGGGAAUGAUUUGCUACACGAGCCGACAUUACUGUGCCUUUGCCUUUCACACCAAGAGCUGCAAAUGGGUGCUGUUUGAUGAUGCUAAUGUAAAAGAGAUUGGAACAAAAUGGAAAGAUGUGGUGUCCAGGUGCAUUCGAUGUCACUUCCAACCAUUGCUGCUAUUUUAUGCCAACCCAGAUGGCACAGCUGUGUCUCCAGAAGAUGCACCAAAGCAGAUUAUUCACUGGUCUCAAUGCAAGGCAGCAGGAGGAAAUGGGGAAGACCAGGGAUUUGAAAAGCAUUCUGCUGCUAAAGCAGACCAUGUGAAAGAGAAUGGAAUUGGAGAUUCCACUAAUCAAAGGAGUAGUAAAAAACUUCAGUCAGAUAAUCCUGCAUUCAGUAGAAGCCAUAUUCAAGCAAGCGGUGGUAGAGGCCCAGCCAAGUUAGGAUACAAUGAACAAAAGGACAGGCUAAAGGAUUUAUCCAGAGAGUGUGCCCAGAAAGCUGCUGACAUGAAGAACUUCACAUCUGUACGGAAAGAUGUGGACAGAGGCCCAAGGAAAGAGUCUGGGAGACAAAGAGACUUGAUCGGGGAAGAGCGUUCCGGUGCCAAGUCAGGGUCUCCUCCGGUUGGAAACGGACUGCGGCACUGCGCGGAUCAGCGGAUCUACGGCAGCCAGGGAAGGGGCCCCUACAGGCACGACAACCAAGCACCUCACCAGGCAAAGCUUUCUGCACAUGUGCUUGGGUCAAACAAAACAGAGCCUUUUCCUGCUGGGGAGAAACCAGUGACAAGGACACGGAGCGAUGGCGUCACUGGCUACGACACGGAUACCAGUCAAGACUCCAGGGACAAAGGAAGUGUCAGCAGCAGGAGCAGGAGUAAAGGUUGGAAACCAAUGCGGGAGACACUGAAUGUAGACAGCAUUUUCAGUGAGACUGAGAAAAAGCAGCACAGCCCAAAGCACAAAGCAAACCUGAGCAGUAAAUCCAAGCACGAGAAGGAGCGGAGCUUUAACCACUGGCCAAAGGAGAACCACAUGCAGAAGGGUUUAAUGACUAUAUAUGAAGAUGAGGCAAAACAGGAUACAGGAAGUCGAAGUUCACUGGAUUCUGAGGGAAAAGGGAAUGCUGAGAAAAGCAAAGGAUUUACAGAGAGAAAAAUCCAUGGUGAUAACUGGCAAAUUCAGAGGACAGAAUCUGGGUAUGAAAGCAGUGACCAUAUCAGCAAUGGCUCUGCAAAUCCAGACUCCCCUGUUAUUGAAGGAAUCAAUACGGCAGAUGCCAAGAAUGUGAAGGAAAGUGCUUCCUGCAGUGAACAGAACUUGCCAACCAAAAAAGCUGACAGUGUGGUACAUUCAGUUCCCCAGCAGAACAGAAGCUUCCAUGCCCCAGAUUUGAGGAAAGACCAGAUCAAUUCUGAAGUUAACUACAGACCUCAUCCUCAUGUUGGUUUCCCAACAGAAUUACAUUUGCAGGUGCCCAGUCCUCCAGUAAAGAGAGCUGAAAUGCCUGAGACCAACAGGAAAUUUUUCCCCUCGUCAGCUCUCCAGCCAGUUGUCAAAGAGAUCGUGAAGUCAGACAGCAGGAGCAAGGCCAACGAGCCGAGCUCUUGCGAGUGGCUGCAGGCAGAGAGGUUUGAGAAGCUGAGCGUGCCGGUGUACUGUGCGGACAGCGUGUCCCAGCCCUUCCCAGACAGCGCCUGUGGCAGGAAGCCGAUCCACAGCGACCUUCCGCCCCCCGCCCAGCCGCAGUCUCAUCACACAAGGAGUGUGUCCCACCACUCUCUGGGUCCCAAGGUGGGGCUGCUGCCCUGUGCCCCUCAGAGCCUGCCCGAAAGGCCGGCGGCGCCGCCCGCCCCUCCCGGCGAGCACGGCGGGCACCUGCUCCGGAGGGCAGAUCCCCUCUGGGUGCCUGAAGCCGUGUACCAGAACAUUCCUCCCCCCUUACCUCCCAAGAAAUAUGCUCUGAGCACUUUGGCAGGAUCAGAGAAUAACUCGCUAGCGGAUGGAAAAUCAACGGAAGCGUUGCAGAACAGUCCAUUAAGGCAAACAGGUGCACCUUCAAAGUCUGCAUCGGAAGCAAGUGCAGUGCCAGCUGAGCAAAGGCUUAAAGAGCCCUUUCCAGGGAACGAAGUGUUUGUUCACAAACCGGAUUCUCCACCUCGCUUAUCAGUUAAUGAGUUCUGGACCGUGUCUGAGAACAUGCUGAAGAAAGGAUCUCGUCACACGGGACCCAGCCCUGGCUACGCCGAUGGGAAUGACAGCGUGUCCCUGACCACUUACUUCUCAGUAGACAGCUGCAUGACUGACACCUACAGGCUGAAGUACCACCAGAGGCCCAAGCUGUACUUCACAGAGAGUGGAAGCUUCCACAAGGAGAAGCAUCCUCCAGCAGCUGGAGUAGAUCUGAAUGCCACAUACCCUGCCACUCUGGAGCCCAGGCAUCCCACCCCCGAACAGAGGUACAAGGCAAAUGCAGAGGGAAUACACUGCAGUCGAUAGGCUCUUCAAGAAGCCCACACCUGGAUCCCACUUUGGCAUUUCAUGUGAUCUGUAUAGGGGCACAACCUCUGUGUGUGAUAAUCAGGUACCCAGCUGACUGUACUUUGCUUGGGAGCUGUGACUGUUCAAACGAAUAUGCAAAGAGGCGAACAGAGGAGAAGAGGUGCUAAACUUGUGGUUCUUUGCUUUGUUACUCUAGUUGCCUUAAUGCUUACCUCUGUUACUCAGCUUGUCUUCUUCAGUUUGUAUUCCAUGUGGUCCUUGGGGCGUGCACGCCUUGCAGCGGCGGGAUCGGCUGGAUGCUACAGAUUCUGUAAGAAGAUCUGGUUAGCUGCAGUGCAAGAAGUGUUCCUUCAGACUGUAGUCACUACAUUCUUAGACUAACAAAAGGGAAAAGCGUGCUACCACAACUGAUGCAGUCCGUGUAGGCAUAACAGAGCAGUAUUUGUUCUCAGAGGUAGCAAGUGGUGACACGGUUUUUUCAACUGAUGUCUCUCAGAGUCUGUGCUUUCACAAACCUUCAAGUGUCUUUAAUGCAAGUUUAUCCAGAGGAUUUAUUUUUUAUUUGA